AUGAAAAUUUUAGCAUGGAAUUGUUGUGGGUUAGCUUUGGCCCCGACAAUUCUUGUUCUUCGGGCUCUUAUUCGUUAUUAUCGCCUGGAUUUGCUUUUUCUGUCUGAAACUAAGGUGUCUUCUUCACUUUUUUGGUUUUUGUUGCAUGGUUUGGGUUUUGUGGAUAUGUUGAAAGUUCCUCCAGUUGGUUCUAGAGGUGGAAUUUUUCUGACUUGGAAAGAUGGAGUGGAUUUGGAACUAGUCAAGCUCGACAGUCACUCGAUUUGCUGCCUAGUUUUCUCGGAACCUUUGUCUACUCCUUGGAUGUUUUCUUUUGUAUAUGCUCCUCAUUUGAUUUCAGAAAUGUUUGAUUUUUGGACUCGGAUGUCUGAGUUGGGUAACUCUUUUGGUGGUGCGUGGCUUCUCAUGGGAGAUUUUAAUUAUGUUCUCUCUUUUUUUGAGAAGAGUGGUGGUCGUUCUUUUGGUUCUCCUUCUCAUUUGGAGUUCUUAGAUUUUGUUCACUCCAAUGCGUUGGUUGAUCUCGGUUUUGUUGGAAACCGUUACACUUGGAGUAACCAUAGAUGUGGAAGGGAUAAUAUUCGAGAACGUUUGGGUCGCGGGGAUUUGCCUAAGCCUUUCCGUUUUGAAGCCUUCUGGACUAGGGAUUUGUCCAGUUUUUCGGUUGUGACUAAUGCUUGGCUUGAUUCUGUGGUGGGUUCUCCAGCUCUUUCUUUGAGCAGGAAGUGGAAGAAAACUAAAUCUGCUUUGAAGUUCUGGAAUAAGCAUCACUUUAGGCAUAUUCAGACCCGUAUAAAAUCCCUAAUGGCUGAUAUUGGGGUUAUUCAAUCUGCUUUUCAUUCUGUUGUGAAUGCUGCUCGAGACUCGGGAGACUUUUGCUUCAAGGGGCCUUACAUGAGCAACUUUUGA